AUGGAUGUCCAGACAUGGUAUUUGAAAACGUCCAAGCUGGCCCUGGCAUUGGCGAUCAUCCACUCCAAACCAGCAGACAGAAGCAGCAGAGAAUACGCAGAGCAGCUGGCCAUCCUGGUGACCCAGCGGGAUUCCAAAGGGAAAUCAAAAGUUGAAGCUUUAGAAGCAGAAGUGCUACAAUUACGACAGCAACUUUUCCUGAGUCGGAUUUCCUCAGGAUUUUUUAAGAAUGGACAUGAUGCGUUCCCCCCGUUGCUAGAUCAGGAACCUAGAAGUUCUGAAAAUACUCUGGCUUUGAUGGAUGAUUCUGGAUGCAUCUUGUCAAGUGAGCAAAGAAGCGAACUUGCAGAGUUGUCCCAGCAUCUUGUGGAGAGCUGCAGCCCCCCGCCCCUGCUGCCACUGCCUCUUGAGAAGAAGCCCUGCACCACCCUGGGAAAUCCUCCGUCUUCUCACUUGCAGUUCUUGCAGCAUCUGCUUGAACUGAAGAAGCUGACAGAAUCCAGUGGUCUGAAAGUAUACUUGAGCCACUUUGAGAAAGACUCCUCCACAGUUUCUGAUUCGGUUGCACAGUUGUUGGAUGGCCUGAUCACGUUUUACCGUAACCCCAAACUUCCUUUCUCAAGUUUUUGGAUGGAAGCUGUUGGUACAUUAGCUAGACUGAUGAAUGAUUAUAAUUUACCUAAUCAUAUUCUUAAAAAAUGUUCUAAGAAGUUGGAAGAAUUUGAGAAAACUCUACUGCAGGCUAUUUUAGCGAACGACAGUAUAAACCGGUUCCAGAUGCAGCAUCACGUCUCCCAGAGUCUAGUAACCCUAGGAAGGUGCAGCUUGCUGAGGAAGCCUAUUAUAUUGCUACUGCUAUCAGAAGUAAACAGUUUUGUGGAUGACCUGGGAGCCAUCAGUCAGAGCUCUUAUCAGGCCAGACAAGUAUCUGUGAAGUCAUUUUUAACAAAAAUGACUACAAGCCUUUGGAGACAAGCUGCCACGAAGUGUGCAAUACUCAUGACAUUACCCUAUCAUAUAGUAAAGAGCCAUCUGAUUUUUCCAACCCAGUUCGUGUUUUGUUCAAUACUCCUGAUGAUGAUCCAAGGUGACUUAAGGACUCCUACCACAUUUGGGCUUUAUGUCAUCUCAACAUUGAGUUUGCUUAGCAUAUAUGGCCUUCUGCACUGUAAUCUGAGAAGAUAUUCUGUAUGUAAGAGUGGAGGGCAUCGGACAGAAAAAGACUCAGAAGUCUCUGGGCAGUGGCAGCAGUGA